UACCAGUAUUCAUUCGCUGGCCACCAUCUAUUUUGAAAAGGAAAUGAAAAUGGCGGGCUAAGCGUAUUGUCUCACCAGUAUUCAAAUCUCAAACGCAUACCCUCCCCUCUCUCACACACGCACAAGGCAAAAUAAGCAGAGAACGUUAGAGAUUAGAAUGAAGAGCGGCGUAGGGGAAGCGAUGAGGACGAAAAUGGAGGAACUUAGAUUAAUUUGUGACAGAGAAAUUCCCAUUCAACAGCAGAAAUUGGAUGCUGCCACUCACUCCUUUCGAAAAUCCCUCGAUUCAACCAAGGCCCAAGCACAAGAGUCUCUUCAAUUACAGGAAAAACUUGGGAAGUUAAAAGUUGAGCUGAGGGAAUUGGAAGACAAAUUGGUGAAAGCACUUGCAGCGAAGACCCGAAGAGAGGCAAAGCAGAUAGCAUUAGCAGACUCAAUAUCUGCUAUGAAAGCUAGAAUAGAAAAACUUAGAGGGGUUGUGGAAAAGCAAAGGCCCAGGAGAGAGGAAUAUGCAGCCAUAAUAUCUCAACAAAUUGAUGCUCUCAAAGCACGUGAAGAAAAGCAUAAUCAGACUGCUGAACAGAGAGAGGAAAUAGAAGAGGCUGUUGUGUGGUACAAUAAGGUGCUUGGUUUACGUAUUGAAUGUGGCCAUGGGGUUAAAUUCAUAUUUACCAAUAUUGAUGCCAAUAAUCAGGAUAAGGAAUACUUUUUUACCAUUCGUCAUGAGAAUGAUGUAUAUACUUUGGUUGAUUGUGAUCCACAACUAAACGAUGCAAACGAGCUGCUCAGAGAGUUAAAUAAGAGCAAUGGACUGUUCAAGUUUGUCAGGAUUAUGAGAGAAAAGUUUCAAGCAGCUGUAGCACAUGGAACUCUUCCUGACAUAGCAUCUCGUGAUCAAGACACUUCCAUGAUCUCUAUGUCAGCCCCGGUUUCUUCCAUUUCAACUGAUAGUAGAAGUGAGUUUUCAUCCCAGCUACAGGAGCAUCAAUCUGAUGAACAUAACAGAAAUUCCAGGAAACUUGACCGUGCAAAAGGGGGUAGGCCAGCAGUCCCCUCUCCUGGAUCUGCUUCGUCUCUUCGGCGUUCUACUCGUUUUAAGGUCAAGAGAUGAUAAGGAUUCCGCAGUUGCUUAGCCAACAAAUUUUUGUUAAUUCACGAGUCCUGAUAAGCAAAAAUCUAACUUGCUUCUACUAGAAUAUUGGGAUCAGUAACGAGUCAUGUCAAAUGGCUACCUGAUCAGAUGCUCAAAGCCUUAACGUUUGUAGUGGGCUGACUUCAUUUCUUAGGUCCAAGCUUUGUUGGUUUUGCUCCAUUAUAUCGUCAUAUGACUUUCCAGUUUCCAUUUCUUUUUGUACAUUGUAGUGUAUCAAAUGUCUGUAUUGUAGGAUAGAAGAUUGCUUAGAUGCUGCAUUCUUUUUGGAAAAUGAUAUACUUGAGUGAUAUGAGCUACUUUCAGUGGAACAGUUUACAGGCGUGCAGCCAACACUUUUACUCUGGAUUUUGCUUUCUAGGAUAAUUAUCUAUUUAAUAUCAAUUUGGAAUUGCUCUGACCCCAACUUAUUUGGGACUUGGGACUGAGGCGUAAUAGUAGUAGUUGUUGUAAUAUUAAUUUGGAAUUGC